AUGGGUGCGACGAGCGAAGCGGAAGUCCAAAGCGAUCUAGGGCAGGGAGGGGAGCUCUGGUUUGCCUUUUUGCUGUACAAGGUACUGUUGGGUACAGAUUUGCCAACUUCUGCAGCUGGUAUUGGCAACCCUGAUGUCGAUUUUGUGUUGGGCACUGAGAAGAAACUGCUCGAGGUGAAUGUGAUGCUUUACUCUGAUGAACCGAGACCUGGAGUAACGCUAUUGUAGCUGCUGGGGAGAAUACUUGAUCGCCAGCAGCAAACCUGCAAAGCAAAUAUGCGCUUUUUCCAAAUCUCCAGUGACAGUUACCUUAGGAUCAUGGAUGGGAGGAUGUACGGUUCGUGCAGGUUAUGUGGACCCUCAAAUUCAUGUUUGAGCGGAAUAGAAUCAAUCCCUUGGUCAAAGAGCGUGGGAAAACUACUGAUCCUAAAGCAGACAGUAAGCGAAUAUAUCUUCCCAAUUGUUUCCAAAUGUCACAGUGGUCGGGUUUUUCCCCCGAGGGAUGAACGGUCAAGAGACUGGGAGGAGUAGGGACUUGCUUUCUUGAAUCUGUUCCUUGAUGUUCAAUUUUUUCACUAAUGGUUUGCUUUUACACUCUUCUGGUGGCCUAAUUCGUUUAACAUAGUGGUGUUAGGAGCAUGUAAUCACUUUUCGUUCAGGUAAUUCUUAAGUUUAGAAAUUUAAAUUUUGGGUCUCCCCAAAAUUGAAAGAAUGAUGGCUAUGUUGAAACUUGAAAUCGCCUAUCACCGAGGAGAUCUCCUUUGUGGUUUCUUGGAAUCAAUAAUAAUUGAUUGAGGAUGUAUAAGCUUGCAAAGGGGUCUUCGAAUGGGUGCUGGGUCAGUGAUCAAUUGGUAUUUCUUGGCUCCAAAACUGUCCAAUACUCAUUUCAUUUUUUUCAAUUUAUGUUCUUGACAAGUUCAUUUCCCAACUCAUAAUCAUUUUGUUAUGGUGCAUCCAGGUAAAUAUCAUCCUUUCUGACCAAACUUUGGGUGCCUCUUCCACCUUGCUUCUUGCAGACUAUGCUGGUGGUAGUUGUUUAGAGAGCUUGCUACGUUUAUUUUCUCGCGAAGCGUAGCGAGCGGGUCUUUUCUAGUAU